AUGCCCGCUCAUGGCUGGAACGAACCACUCCAAGGCAUCAUCACGCCUCUGGCCACGCCGCUCCUCGACCACGAUGUUCUCGACGAACCAUCCACCCGCAAGCUACUCGAUCAUGUCAUUGAGGGGGGAGUGGCCGGAAUAUUUCUACUGGGAUCCACGGGAGAAGGACCUUCUCUGAGUUACCAAACACGACGAAACUUGAUCCAGUUGUGUUGUCAGCACACACAGCAACAACAACAACAACAACAACAACAACACCACGGCAAUAUUCCUGUACUCGUCGGUAUUUCCGAUACGGCAUGGGCGGAAACGGUGGCCAUGGCACACUGUGCCGAAACCUGUGGCGCCACGGCCGUCGUGCUGGCACCACCCUAUUAUUUUACCAUGGGGCAAGCCGAAUUGAUCCACUACACCGAAAUGGUGCUUCAAGCCACAUGUCUACCCAUUCUCCUAUACAACAUACCCUUUCUCACCAAGACACAGUGGAAUGUCGAAACAGUACUGAUGUUGGCACAAACCUAUCCCGAUCGAAUUGUUGGAAUCAAAGAUAGCAGUGGCAAUCUAGACUAUUUUCAACAACUCUGUCGUAUCAAGCAGAAACUGCCACAAUUCACUGUACUCAUGGGACCGGAACAUCUCUUGCCACAAGCCAUACAGGCUGGUGCCGAUGGAGGUGUUAACGGAGGUUCCAAUGUACUACCCAAGCUAUUCGUGGAUCUCUACCAGGCAUUGUCAAAUAAUCACAACAAUCAUCAUGAUAAUAAUAAUGAUGCAAAUACCACUGCACCAACCAACACCCAACAACAACUCGUACAACAAGUCAAUGACUUUCAAGCCAUUUACAAUACCGUGGAUGAACCCAUCGAGCAUCCCUUUGGUCGAUUGAUACGGGGUACCAAAUGUGCCUUGGUGGCCAUGGGAAUCAUUGAACAUCUCCACGUGAAUCCACCAUUCCACAAACCAACCGAGAUGGAGUUGGAAAAAACAAGAGAGAUAUUGCAACGUCUCGACAUUCGAUAG